AUGCCUGUCGGCACUUCGAACAAGGCCCAGAACGAUGUGAUCCGCAAGAAGGCUGGCGGUUCAAAGAAGGAGCAAACGGACGAGGACCUCGAGUUCAAGAAGAAGCAGGUGCUGCAGGGCGCUACAGCUGCUAGUGCCGGUGCAUUUAACGCAACAUUACUAAUCAUUCAGGUCAUUCCGCAGGCAAAUAAGUUUGCGCCCGCAGGCCGAAGAGAAGAAGGCCAUGGCUGCAGCUGCUAA